AGAGAGGAGCCGUGUGUGGGGAGGUUUGUUAGAACAGAUGCCAAAGACCCACUUUCUAAAAGAAAGAAAGAACAUCUGCAAAUAAGAUGCUGUUGUUGCAACUGGUGUUGCUCAUGGUUCUUGUCCCAGGUGGUGCCAGUGACGAUGACUUCCAAGAGCCGAUCUCAUUUCGAGUUGUCCUGACAACAUCCUUUUACAACCGUUCCUGGACACAGAAUCAGGGCUCAGCUUGGCUGGACGAGCUGCAGACUCAUGGCUGGAACAGCAAGACUGGUGCUUUCAUUUAUCUGUGGCCUUGGUCCAGGGGCAACUUCAGCAAUGAGGAGCUGGUGGAACAAGAAAAGUCAUUUCAUACAUUCUCCACUAGAUUUCCCUUGAUAUUUCAGGACCGUGUCAGUCAAUGGCAGCUUGAAUAUCCUUUUCAGAUACAACUGGUAGGAGGCUGUGAUUCCCAUUUUGGAGAAUCAUCAGUAGGCUUCAUGAAGAUUGCAUAUCAAGGAUCAGAUCUCAUGAGCUUCCAGAACACAUCAUGGUGGCCAUCUCCAAAGGGAGGAAGGAGGGCUCAGCAGGUCUGCAAACUGUUCAAUCAGUACCAUGUGGUCAACUUAAGGAUACAAACAAAUAUUAAUGACAUCUGCCCCCGUUUCCUCUUGGGUCUUCUUGAUGCAGGGAAGGCAGACCUGCAGCGACAAGUGAGGCCAGAGGCCUGGCUGUCCAGCGGCCCCAGUCCCGGCCCUGGCCGUCUGCUGCUGGUGUGCCACGUCUCCGGCUUCCACCCAAAGCCAGUGUGGGUGAUGUGGAUGCGGGGUGAGCAGGAGCAGCAGCGCACCCAGCAAGAUGACAUCCUGCCCCAGGCCGACGGGACCUGGUAUCUUCAGGUCUCCUUGGAAGUGGCAGCCAGGGAGGCGGCCGGCCUGUCUUGCCGAGUGAGACACAGCAGUCUAGGAGGCCAGGACAUGGUCCUGUACUGGGAGCAGCACCGCCCCGUGGGCUGGGUUUUCAUGGAGAUAAUGGUGCCCCUCGCGCUUCUGGCCGGUCUUGCGUUCUGGUUCUGGAAGCGCUGGUAA